CAAAAAGGUUUAAAAAACUCAGACCGAGUCUCUCUGAUUUUCACUUGACUCGGACUUUUCUCCCGAUUCAAAUGAGAAUCACCCGAGUCUGGUCACGUUGACUUUUGCCCUCCCUCGCCUCUGUUUCUCUCCGUCGAACCCAUCGCUGUUGUUACAGCCUCCUUCUGCCUCCACCACUACUCCGCCAAUGCUACUACUGUUGCAGUUCACAAGGUUGAAGAAGGCAAUAAAUAUCCAUUUUCUCACUCAAUUUUUGCAUGUCGGGGGAGAGGGUUCUUCUACAAUCCUGCCAACAACGUUGGAUGGGGAGUUUGGUUCUAUUUGGUAUUCAGAUUCUGUUUUCUGAAGUACAUCUAUUCCUUUUCAUUGCUCUAUGUACUCCUCAUACUUGUUUCAUUGGACUACAGUUGUGUUAUGUUUGUAUAUUCCUACAGAGAUCAUAUGGUGUUCACAAUCUUUCUCUUAUUUUGUCAUUGCCUUAGUUUUUUUGGAUCGGGAUUGGUUUCCUUUGGUAGAACUGUGGUGGGUUUCGCUUGACUUUAGGUGGAAGACAUGCGGGAAGUCCAUGUGAAUGCUAAUGCUGGGCCCUUGAGAGUCAAUUUCAGGGCAGAGCAUGAAGAUGUUGCCUCAUCACCCACGAGAUUAAACCCAAUUUGCAGACUUAUAUUGUCCUCACCAAGAUUUUCUGCAAGAGAUCAAGGCCAAGGGCUUCAUGGAUUGGAUGUGGAACAAAGGGGGGGGGGGGGUGUUCAAACUCACCUCGUUGGUUAUGGUUUGGUAAUUAAUGGUCUCCAAAAGAGGAGGAGGAAGUUAGAAGAUGCACUAGAACUGUUUGACGAAAUGUUUGACAGGGGAGUUUCCCCUUUGUGCUCGGUUAUGACAUGCCGAAUUACGGACUGCCAGAGAAAAGUAAAAGAACAGUUAGGAAUUUACAAAAAAAAAACUGACUCGUUUUGACAAGUUUUGACUCAUCCGGGUCACCAGGUUUUGGAAAAAGGCGAGUUGAGUCAGAAAACCUGAUUUUCCAACUAUAUUUUGGAUUUAGCACCCAAUGGUACAUAAGAAUCAGGGAAAAUGUUGGGUAUGCUACCGGUAUAUCGUAAGGUAGCACCCACUGUGUUUAUCUUUAUCUUCCCCCUUUUGAAGUGACCCCCUACCCUCCUAUAGGAUACCUCAUCUGGCCCCAUUGGUGCUGUCCACUAGCUUACCACAUUCCGGCAGCAUACCUUUCCCUCCCUAGAAUUAUUAUUAUUAGAAACUAGUCUCCACCUUUCUCUUUUUUCUUAAGUAGCAACAUAGUUAUAGAUAUAGGGGUUACUAUCUUUGUUUUUGUAUUAACAUAUCCUGCAAUCUUUUAAUUUGAUUUUAUCAUUGAUAUGUUUGCGCUUGAUAGAUACUAUUUACAGCUUUGCAGAUUUAUGGAUUUAGGGGAUAAAAUCCAGAGGUGUCUCAGACCAGUUGUACAUGCAUCCUGUGUGUGGAAUUUAGUUAAGCUUUUGCUUCGACUACUCUGGCAUUUGCUACAUCUUGCAAUCAGCAUAUGGUAUCUUGGGAAGGGUAUAGGUCUUAUGCUGCAAAGCUAUCUUAUUGCAAGCGGGCUAUUGAGGAGGUACAGAGUACUCAAUCUAAGUAACCUUCGAUAUCUAGCCAUUGUGAUAGACAGUGAAGAAGCCCGACACACUUUGAGGGUUGUUGAGCUCUUGAGCUGGUUGUCAGAUAUAGGUGUCAAGCAUGUUUGCCUCUACGAUAUGGAAGGAGUUCUGAAGGGCUCAAAGAAGAUUAUUUUGAAGAAAUUGGGUGAUGCAAGGCCAUUGGAGGUAGCUGAUGAAAGGAAUUUAUUUCUAGAAAAAAAGCAUAUGGUUUUGGAAUUUGUUUCCUUCUCUGAUGGGAAAGAGGGGGCAGCUAAAGCAGCUAGCUUUCUUUGUUCCAAGUAUUUAAAAUGUGCUGAUGGAGAUCAGGAGCCAGUCUUCACAGAACCUGAAAUGACCAAUGCACUGGGAGCCAUUGGUUUUGGGGGACCAGAACCUGACCUUCUUCUAGUAUAUGGGCCUACAAGGUGCCACUUUGGAUUCCCUGCAUGGAGAUUGCGGUACACAGAGAUUGAACAUAUGGGACCAUUGAAACACAUGAAAUAUGGUGCCAUCAUAAAAUCAAUUUGCAAGUUCACAAUGGUGCGCCAGAACUAUGGUUCCUGAGGUGAACACUGAUAAUGGUGCAUUCAAGAAAUUCUGUUGGAUCAGAUGGUAAAAGAUAAAUAAUGGGACAGUGAUCAAAGGAAACAUCGAAGUAUCCCUGGUUGCACCCUUGUGAAGCUAAAGUUUUUCGGGAAAUAAUGAGGCUAGAAGUGGAACUGGCUCAUCUUGCCCAUUUUGGUUUGUAACCAUUUCCAUUUAUUAAUUUCACGAGGGGAAAACAAUUGGUUAUCUUUCCCAAUGGGUUAUUUACUUAAGUGGUGUUUAUAUGGUCAGCAUCCUUUAUUGGCAUCUGCCCUAGCACUUUAUUCUUAAAUAAUAUAAUGAAUUUUCUGUUA